AUGGUUUCCCCUUCAAAAUACAGAACCAUAAAAGCUUCAAUGGCCAUAGCCGAUGCAGUUUCAUGGUGCUGUGCCAUAGCUCUGAUAGCCCUUAUUUUAAUGAGCUCCAUAAAAGAUGGGACAGCAAAUGAUCCUGUUCGAGGAAGGCAACUUCAGGACAGACCCUGCGACGAAAUCUACGUCGUCCGAGAAGGAGAAACCCUUCAUACCAUCAGUGAUAAAUGUGAUGAUCCGUAUAUAGUCGAGCGCAAUCCCCAUAUCCAUGACCCGGAUGAUGUUUUUCCGGGACUUGUUAUAAAGAUUACACCUUCAAAUCCUAGGAGAAAGCUGCAGUCUGGGCAUUAG